AUGAGAAGCCUCAUCCUGUAUGGUUUAUUCUACACGUCCCUCACAUUUGGGGUCUGGACAGCGCUGUUAUUUGCAUAUUUCCAUCACAGUCAUGUGAGCAGAGAGUCGAACAAAAUCCAGGAGCCUUCAUCGUUUUUGUCCCUUGGGAAAAAGGAGUACCACCAGCUAGUGAGGACCACAGAGCGAACGCCAGAACAGCAUGCCAGAGACCGCCAUCUGGACAGAGACAGACCCAGACGCAGGAUAUUCCCGCCUAUGUCACAAACGAAGUUUAACUUUUCCAACCCAGAACAUCUUAAUGAACUCUCAACGUAUGGAUUUAAUUCCAUCUUCAGUAGAAGACUGGGAGGCAUGAGAGAGGUCCCCGACACCAGGGAUAAAAAAUGUUAUCAUAAGAAUUAUCCGGUUCAUCUGCUUACUGCCAGCGUGAUCAUUUGCUUCCACAAUGAAGAAUUUAACGCCUUGCUCCGGACCGUGUCCAGCAUCCUACACCUCACUCCACCCUACUUCCUUCAAGAAAUUAUUUUGGUAGAUGACAAGAGCGAAUUUGAUGACUUGCAAGGAAAACUCGAGUAUCACCUGGAAGUUUUCCAGAGGAAUAUUAAAUUAGUGAGGAACAAGAGACGAGAGGGGCUGAUUCGAUCGAGGCUGAUUGGAGCUGAUUCUGCCACAGGGGACGUCUUGGUGUUCCUGGACAGCCACUGCGAGGUGAACCGAGUGUGGCUGGAGCCUCUGAUGGCGGCCAUUGCCGAGAACCACCAUGUGGUGGUGUGUCCGGUGAUCGACGUCAUCGACACCAUGACCCUGGAGUACAGGCCCUCUCCCCUCGUGCGCGGGGCCUUUGACUGGAACUUGCAGUUUCAAUGGGACACUGUUUUCUCUUAUGAGAUGGACGGACCCGAUGGACCCACCAAGCCAAUCCGGUCACCUGCAAUGGCAGGAGGGAUUUUUGCUAUACACAGGCUUUAUUUUUAUGAAAUCGGACAGUAUGACAAGGGCAUGGAACUUUGGGGAGGAGAAAAUGUGGAGAUUUCGUUGAGGAUUUGGAUGUGUGGAGGCCAGCUCUUCAUCAUUCCUUGCUCCCGCGUUGGGCACAUCAGUAAGAAGCAUCUGGAAAAUAGCCUGGCCAUCAAGAAAGCCAAGCUGCGGAACUCCCUGAGAGUGGCCCACGUGUGGCUGGAUGAGUACAAGGACAAUUUUUUCCUUCAAAAUCCUUCUUCGAGACACACAAAAUAUGGCGAUAUUAGUGAACGGGUUGAACUGAGGAAACGAUUGCGCUGCAAGUCUUUCCAGUGGUAUCUGGACAGUCUCUUCCCAGAUCUGGAGGCAUUCAUGAGCAAAGAAAGAGAGGAAAUAAAAUAAUUUUCAUGAAUAAAAGGUGAAAACAUCCUCUAGUCCCUCAACACAGUGGCAUCAGAGAACAAG